UGAAGAAGAAGUCAUCACCCAUGAAUAUAUAUAUAUAAGGGCCACCCCUUGAGAUAUUCAUACCAAUCUUGGUACAAGCUAGCUUUGCUUGAUCUUUCUUCAUUGCUCUUCUUCUCAUCACUCAUCACUUUACUGCCUUCCUACAUUUAUCAUGACACUUGAAGAGACUUCCUCCAAGUCAUGCUUACUACUAUUUUAUCUAGUGGUUUUAUCUAGUGUUUUGCUUAAAAAUGGCGUUGCAAGAGAGGUUAAUGUAGCUUCCAUGGCUACUAGCCAUGGUUCAUUUGCUUCAGCAUCACUAGAGCUUCAACAUUUGCCUCUUCAACCAAGGUCUCUUUUGUUAUAUCCAUCACCAUCAACUCCUCCCCAUCACCAUAACUACCACCCUAAGCCCCCGCCAGCUCAAACACCUCCAUCGCCAACCUUUAAGCCACCACCAACCCCUACCCCUUCCCCACCUCGCACUCCUCCAUCGAGUCCACCACCUGUUAAAACGCCUCCACCACCAACUUUUAAGCCACCACCAACCCCUACACCCUCCCCACCUCGUACACCUCCCUCGAGUCCACCACCCAUUUAUAAACCACCACCAACCCCCACACCCUCCCCUCCUCACACUCCUCCAUCUAGUCCACCACCUGUUAAAACACCUCCACCACCAACUUUUAAGCCACCACCAACCCCCACACCCUCCCCACCUCGUACACCUCCCCCGAGUCCACCAACCCCCACACCCUCUCCUCCUCGCACUCCUCCAUCGAGUCCACCACCUGUUAAAACGCCUCCACCACCAACCCCUACACCCUCCCCACCUCGUACACCUCCCUCGAGUCCACCAACCCCCACACCCUCCCCUCCUCGCACUCCUCCAUCGAGUCCACCACCUGUUAAAACACCUCCACCACCAACCCCUACACCCUCCCCACCUCGUACACCUCCCUCGAGUCCACCACCCAUUUAUAAACCACCACCAACCCCCACACCCUCCCCUCCUCACACUCCUCCAUCGAGUCCACCACCUGUUAAAACGCCUCCACCACCAACCCCUACACCCUCCCCACCUCGUACACCUCCCUCGAGUCCACCACCCAUUUAUAAACCACCACCAACCCCCACACCCUCCCCUCCUCGCACUCCUCCAUCGAGUCCACCACCUGUUAAAACGCCUCCACCACCAAUCCCUACACCAUCCCCACCUCGUACACCUCCCUUGAGUCCACCACCCAUUUAUAAACCACCACCACCACCAACCCCUACACCCUCCCCUCCUCGUACACCUCCUUUGAGUCCACCACCCACUUAUAGACCACCACCAACCCCCACACCCUCCCUACCUCGUCCACCACCCGCUUAUAGACCACCUCCAACCCCCACACCCUCCCUACCUCGUCCACCUCCUUUGAGUCCACCACCCACUUAUAGACCACCACCAACCCCCACACCCUCCCUACCUCGUCCACCUCCCUUGAGUCCACCACCCACUUAUAGACCACCGCCAACCCCCACACCCUCCCCACCUCGUCCACCCCCAUCGAGUCCACCAUCUCGUCUACCAACACCAACUUAUCGACCACCUCCGGUCUCCACACCACCAUCCCCUCGCCCUUCAAGCAGACAUGCAAUAUAUGGAUUCGGUCCUCUAGGCCUUAUGAAUCAUUAACGUUUUAAGUCUGAUUGCCCACUACAAUCUAUUUGUCUUUGUCCCCUACCACCCUUGAAAUGAGCUUAAGAAAGGCGCUUAUGUCACAUCAUCUUUUGUAUGUGUUCUCUCUCUUUUUUGAAGCAAUGUUUUUUCUUGUAACAAGGGCUUGAAAUAUUAAUAAAGGAAUUCAAAGGCAUUGGGUAGUGAUUACAUUUUUUGCUUACCAUUUGCAACUUAUUCUAUCUA